AUGCCUGCAUGUCUGCUCGCCAGGAUUGGGAGGGGCGCCAACUCUGUGUGCAGCGACCGUACAAACAGUGGCCAAUCACUAGGCCAGGAUUGGGAGGUGCGGCCGUACAACUUUGUGUGCAGUUCGCCAGGAUUGGGAGGUGCGCCGUAUAACUCUGUGUGCAGCGAUCGUACAAACAAAAAGAGGUGCGGCCGUACAACUCUGUGUGCAGCGACCGUACAGUGGCGCCAACUCUGUGUGCAGCGACCGUACAAACAGUGGCCAAUCACUAGAACCUCGGGACAAGCCUUGUGGGACACGUCAUCGCAUGCCUGCACGCCAGGACUGGGAGAUGCCAGGAUUGGGAGGUGCGGCCGUACAACUUUGUGUGCAGUUCGCCAGGAUUGGGAGGUGCGCCGUAUAACUCUGUGUGCAGCGAUCGUACAAGCAGGUGCGGCCUUACAACUCUGUGUGCAGCGACUGUACAAACAGUGA